AUGAGGGGUGAGCGCGCAGCGCAGGCCGUGCCUCCCGCUGACGGAGCCCCUCCUGGUCCCCAGGCUCUCUCAUCGCCUCCUCUGAAUGCCGCCCAGAGUCUGAAGGGUCCGCUCACCAUUCUUCUUGCACUCGGUCUCCAGUGGUCGCCCCAGCGUGUAACACAUGAUCUGAGAAUCCUGAGCAGACGUUUAAACGUCACCCAGCUUUCCCGCGGCCCGGAUCAAGUGGACAGUGCUGGCCAGAAGGGAGCCAGCACCUUGAAAACUGAAGGAUCUCAUCCAGUUUCUAGAAGCAGUGUGCGGGGUCAUCUCUGGGGCGUCGAGCUCUGCCCGUGCGAUGACUCGGCCCCCUGUCUCAGCCCCAUGUGCCCCCAGCCCCGCGCGGCGCUGGACACGCACUGGAACCGCUGCGACGUCAGGAGGUCACGAGUAGAGUGUCUAGAAAACGCUGAUCACAUGCUUCUUAGCGGCAUCACUGAUGUUUCAGACCCUGUCCUUAUUUACUUCCUGAUCAAGUCUGCACUGGCCCAUCUAGCGCCCACGGUGAAGGUUCUGACCAUGCACCCCCGCAGACCGUGCCCCGAGACCCUUGGUCCCCUGCUCUCCAUCACCAGCACCCGUGGCCUCCCCACCUGCCAGCACCUGCUACUCCUGCUGGGGGUCCUCCCGGCCACUGGGCGGGAUCAGCUGUGGGCAAAGGACCAAGGUGUAGGGCAGGACAACCCCCAGACUGGCCCCGGGAGGCCAGUGGAGAGUGUGACGGUCAUGGAGAAGGCUGUGAACAUGUCACAGAAGACGUCGACGAUCUAA